UCGAUACGGUUUUGAAAUUCAAAAAUAGUUACAUACGGUGGAUUAAAAAUGUCUUUUUCAAGAGCCCCUUUGAAAAGGUUCAACGAGAACAUGGGUUGUGCUCCUGCUCCGGGGUCCUAUGAGGUCAAACCUGAGGACCUGAAGGGAGCAGCUUCCUUCAACAAAUCUGAUCGAUUCAGAAUUGUUAAGGCAGCCGCUAUGCCACCACCAUCGCCCUCCAGAAGUGUCCUAAUGUCACCUGUCCGCAGGACGAUGUCUGUUGAUGGUCUUGUUGAAGGUUCAAGUGUAAAGAAGGAUAAGAAUGCCAUGACCAUGGAAAGGAAGCAGCACAUGCUCCUAGAGAGAGAGAUGAGGUCACUGGUUCAGCAGCGAGGGGAGCAGGACCGUCGCUUGUUGACUCUAGAAGAGGAUCUGAAGAAGGUGGAGGCCAAGCUGCUGGCUGCAGUCAGGGAGAAGACGGGCCUCUCUGCCAAUGUCACCACUCUGGACAGACAGCUGGUAGAGCUCAAGAAGGUCAACGAGUUCCUAAAAAACAAGGUUUCUGCUGACACUACAAAAAAGAGAAUCAAUGCUCUCACGAUGGACUUGAUGGAGGCCAGGAACACUUUGGAUGUUAAAAACAAGGAGUUGAACGUCCUGCAGAUUAACACUGAAGGCCAAGCUAAUGUGCUAGACUCUGACCUGCAAGCUGCCAGGGCUACUGUCACUGCUCUGAAAAACAGGAAUAAAGACUUGGAGAACCUUCAUCAAGUGACCAAAACUCUGAACAAAGAGCUGGAGAAUGAGAAUGCUAGAUUGCAUGCUGUUAUACAGGAGCUGAGGGAGGAGGUCCGAGUUGUGCAGGGAUACCUCGACGAAGCCAAUGAUCAGAUCCAGGAUCUCCGUUUGAAGCUCCGAGAGAAGACCCAGGAGAACACUGUUGCUGGUUCUCAGUUGGAGAAAGUGACGCAACUGGAGACUGACCUGGACCAGCGCACUGCUGAGAUAGAAACCACCCAAGGUGUGUUAAGGCAAAAAGAGAAGGAGGCACAGAAAUUCCAGCAAGCGCUGCAGGCGUCAAAGGAUGCUUUAGUGGAGGUGGAGAAGAGGUUGGAGACCCAAGAGCUGGAGCUGAAAUAUUCACAAAGGUCAGUGAGGGACAUGGAGGAGCAAAUGGAGUCGGCCAACCAAAAAGUUCAGGAUUCCCAAGCGACGGUUCGACAGCAGGAGGCAGAGCUCACUAGACUGAGAGAGGUGCUCAGAAGGACAGAGAAGGAGCUGGACGAGCGAGUGGCACAUCUGGAACAGAGGUGUCUGUUCUCUGAGGAAGAGAGAAGCAGGACUCGGGAGGAGGGAAUGAGGAGAGUGGAGGAGUUGAAAACAGAGCUCCUCUUGCUAACGGAAGCUAAAAAAGAUGAGAAAAAUACUCAGAUUCAACUCCAGCAAGAACAUGCUGCUCUUACUGAAGAACUGACAAAAGAAAAGGCACUUGUGGACGCCCUGUCUGUGCUGGUGGAGCAGGAGCGGGAGGAGGCAGAGGAGCGGCUGAGACUACUCAAGGAGGAGAUGGAGGAGGUGCUGGGAGAGCUCGCUCUCCUGGAGGACCAGGAGCAGACGUGGCAGGAGGAGGCGGAGAGGAAUCAGGAGUCCCUUCAGAGGCUGCAGGAGGAAUACAACGAGCUGGAGGGACAGCUGAGUGAUGCCAGGGCACUGUUGGACAGUAAGAGCAACGAUGUGGCCGCUUCGAAAGAGGAGCAUUCAUCCGCCAUGACGGAACUCCAAGAGGCCCACACAGACUCGCUGAGCAAGAUGGGAGACAUUGUCACGGAGCUGAAAAGCGCCAGAGAGGCUCUGCAGGGAGCAGAGGGGAGACAGAAAGAACUGGAAGCAGAGAUGGACAGAGUGACGCAACAGAUGAAGGAGGAGAUGGAGAAAAUCGUUCAACAGAAAGAGGAGGAGGUCAACCGAGUGAAGGAGGGCUUGGAGGAGCACCAGGAGAGACAGUUAGCUGAGGCAAAAGCCAGGGAGGAGAAUUCAAGAAAGUUGCUGGAGGUGCAGACUCUCCUUACACAAAAAGAUGAGGAGAUAAAGGCCAUGGGGACGAGCCACGCCGCCCUGAUCGAUCAGCUACAGCUGCAGACAAAAGAGAGAGAAGAGGCAUGGGGGCACCUAGAGGAGCAGAGAAGUCUGCUCCAAAGUGAGAAGGAAAAGGCCCAGGAACUGCUAGAGGAGGUCAACCAGCAAAAAGGGGAAAUAAUGGAACAGCUCCAACAAGAAAGAGAAGAGAAAGUUAAAGUCCAGACAGCCCUUCAGGAGGAAAGGGGAGCAUUGGAGGUCGAAAGAGAAGACCUCCAGCAGGUCAGGUCUGAGGUGGUCCGUCUACAGAUCGAGCUUGAGCGAGUAGACGAGGAAAGGAAGAGUCUUCUGUCUCAAGUAGAGCUCACGGACCGGUCCAGGCUUGCUCUUGAACAUCAACUAAACAUGGCAGAGCAGGAUAGAAACCGGCCUCGCCCGGAUGAGGUUGAACAAGCGGGUUUGAUCUUCCGGGCCCAAUUAGACCUCAUGGAGGAGAAGACACAGACUCUGCACCGCGAGUUGGAAGAGCUGAGACAAGAUGGAUGUGCUCAGCAGGAGCAGGUGGAGUUGCUGACUCAGGAGAAGGUCACGCUGCAGUGGGAUUUGGAGGAGCAGCGGCAGGAACUUCAAAGACAAAUAGAUGAAGCGCAGGAGAAAAGCUCCCAAGUUUCAGAGAGUGAACACUGGAGGAAACAAUAUGAGGAGCUGUUUGUGAAGGUCAGGCCCUUUCAGGAGCAGCUCAAUGCGUUUGCAGCCGAGCGAAAUGCACUCGUCAAUGAAAACGGAGCGAACCAGGAGGAGUUGAACAAGUUGUCCGAUGCCUAUGCCCGUCUGCUGGGCCACCAGAACCAGAAGCAGAAGAUCAAACAUGUGAUAAAGCUGAAAGAUGAGAAUGUCAGCCUAAAACAGGAGGUGUCUAAGCUUCAGUCCCAGGUGAGCCGGCAGAAGAGAGAUCUGGAGCAGCUGAAGUCGAAGCGCCCCGGUAGUCCUCGUCGUCGGUUUGAUCCCAGCAAAGCUUUCCAUCACGACAAGGAGAACCGGCGAACAGAAACCCUUAAAGAAGGAAACCAUUAUGCAUAAUGGAGCUCUUCUGCCAGACGACAACUGAAAACUAAAUUACAUUUCUAUGGUUUUGUCUUUUUUUGUAUACUUCUUAUUUGUGUCAGUUUUGUUAACCGGCUUCAUAAUAGUUACACAGAGAGUGAGGAUGUAUGUUUCCGUUUACAUUUUAAUAAUAAAUGUUAGCAGCAGAUUGUACGUGUGCAGGAGCAGUGUGUUAAAAUAAUGAGAUGGAUGGCUGUAAGUCUACACAUAUUCGAAUAGGAGAUACUUAUAGCAAAUCUUAGGGCAGCUGAGCUAGCAACUUCUUUCUAAAUAUUUCUUCUUUGUAAAUAAAGACAACUUUUAAUACA